AGAAGUUGAUAGUUAUAAUGCUUUCCUUAAAAGAUACGACUUAAAAACCUCAAAAGAACUCCUGUAUUUUUACGACUGUCUGUAUGAUUUCCCUAAGGCUUUCCGAGGAGCCGUUCGGAAGUAUGGACAUAUCAUGUGGUUUCCUUUGUCUAUUCUAGAAGUGGACAAUGAGAAGAUUUUUGCUAAAUAUUCAGUGGAAUGGGAACCUUUUGAUGUGGAUGAAUACAUUAAUGAAUAUUGUAUGAAGGAAAUACAGAGGCUUGCUCGAGAGAAACUCGAAGCUGAUAAAGAUGUGGCAGCAGCUAGUAUGAAUGCUAUUGGUGACGUUUCUAACUUGAUGCUUGGUAAGAUGGAAGCAUCCCGACGCAGGAGGAGAAGGAGAGAGGCUAUUGCUAACGGGACCGACCCUGGCGGUGAUGAUGACGACGAUGAUGUUGAGGAUGUUGAUCAGAGCUUGACAAUAGAGGCCGAUAAUGUUGCUGUUCAAAUGCAGAAUAUAGACCCUAAUGCUGAAGGCGCUCAGGCAAUGGGAACUGACUCGGGUGGAGCUUCAAUGGAUCCCAGUUUGUUUGGUGAUAUGGGAGCUGAAGGAGGUUGUGCUGUGGGUGCCACUGUGGUAGUUAACAAAGACAAUCCUUUUACAUUUGGUAAUACCUCCGAUUCUAAUGUGAAGACCAGAGUAGUUUCUAUUGAUUUGAGUAAUCCCUGCACUGGACAGAAGGCUGUGGUACAAAACACGUCUAAACCUAUAGAAGUAGAAAUGGAAGGUAAUCCAGAUAAAAUAGAUUGUCCAAUGGAAUUUAUACUAUGUUUGUCCCGAAAAACAACUGGCGUAGACCCAAGAGAGUAUAACUAUCACCCAGUUCAAGUGGAUACAAACGAUUCAACAAUACAUUUUACAAUAUGGCCUGACAGAGAGGGAGAUAGAUUUAAAGUGUUUUUAAAGUAUGAGGACUACCCAAAUGCAACCUUCUAUGACCACACUACCAUCAUACCUCAUGACAAGGACGCUUUUCAGCAUAUUGAUCCAGAUAAGUAUCCCGAGAAAAGAAGAUAUCUACAGCAUACAUACUUCCCUCCUCAGCAUUUAACUAAGCUGAAUGGAACAUAUAGAGUUGCUAUCAAGUUACAUGAAAAGACAACUGUAAAUUUUGAGGAGACCAAAGUUUGUCUGAACUACUCUACACAGUUGAUGAUAUCCGGAUGUAAAUUCUGGAGUGAAGAAGAUCAAACAUACAAAGGAGAUGGUCUUUUGGUUUCCAAUGAAACAACAAUCUGGAAGACAAAGUGUUUAUCAACCCAUCUUACAUCUUUUGGUGGUGACUUCGCUGUACCACCUAAUACAAUUGACUUUAGCAAUGUUUGGGCUAAAUUUGAUUUGACCAGCAAUGCUGCCGUAUUCUCAACAGUUAUUGCACUAAUAGGUAUAUACAUCAUUGGUAUUAUUUGGGCACAACAUAUGGAUAAGAAGGAUCUUUUAAAAUGGGGAGCGACACCUUUGGAAGACAACCUUCCUACUGACAAUUAUCACUACCAGGUUACAGUUCAAACUGGAAUGAAAAAGAAAUCUGGUACCUCCUCUAAGAUUAGUUUUGUAAUGUCUGGAGAAACAAACGACUCUGGAGCUAGAAGACUUUAUGAUGGACACAGAAAGAUUCUACCCACUGGGAGUAUAUUGAAUUACAUUCUAAGUGUUGAACGAUGUUUAGGUCCAUUAUCAUUUCUCCGAAUAUGGCAUGACAAUAGUGGAAAAGGAAAGAUGAGAUCUUGGAAACUGGACCAAAUACAGGUGUCAGAUAUACAAACCGGGGAACGAUACUUCUUUUUGUGUGACCGUUGGUUAGCUGUAGAAGAGGAUGAUGGUAUGGUAGAUAGGAUAAUACCUGUUGCUGGACGGGAGGACUUAGCUGCAUUCAAACAUCUCUUUACCUCAUCUAUCAGAAAGAAACUGACUAGUGACCAUCUGUGGUUUUCAAUAUUUUCUCGACCAACAAGAAGUAAUUUCACACGCGUCCAUCGUAUAUCCUGCUGUAUGUCUCUAUUAUUUAUGACCAUGAUAUCAAAUGCCAUGUUUUUCAAGUCAGAAGAAAACGGAACGCAAUCAAAUGCCAUGACAAUAGGACCAGUUUCCUUUACUCUACAACAGGUUUUUGUAAGUUUUGUAAGUACCAUGAUUGUUCUUCCUGUUAACUUAAUUAUAAUCACGUUCUUCCGCCGUUGUCGUCCAAAGAAAAACGCCAUUAUGCAAAUUAAUCAACAGAUGCCAAAACGCGGGAAAUGGAAGAAUGUAACUAAUACUUCACAGAUCUGGGGUAAUGCACCAAAAAGGAGUAAAUGGCAAAAGUUCAAAGAUUCAAUAGAAAAUAUAACUAACUUUCACCAAAGAUCGAAAUACAAUGCUCAGGACAUCGAUCCUGAAGAAGAAGACAAACCAAUGCCAAAAAUUGUAGGAAUGCCGGAAGAAAAACAAGCAAAAAAGAAAAAGAAGCCAGGAACCUUUCCUCAUUGGUGCAUCUAUAUUGCGUAUGUAUUAACUGUGAUGAGUAUGAUAGUACCAGGAUUUUUUACUAUAUUGUACAGUAUGGAAUGGGGACCAGAGAAGGCAAAUGAAUGGCUUACUACGUUCAUCAUGUCAUUUUUUCAGUCAGUGAUUGUAGUCCAACCACUCAAGGUUAUGGUUUUGGUUGCCUUCAUAGCAUGUAUAGUGAAGAAACCCGACAUUGACGAAGAGGACGGUGCUUCAGAAGAUAUAAACAAUGUUAUCGCAGCCCAUGAUGAAGAAAUGUUACAUAAAGAUCACGAAGAACUGGAUGCAAUUGUAGCUAAAAGAAAACUAGCGAAUGAAGACUGUAAGCCAAUCGACAUGGAAGCAUUGAACAAAGCUAGAGAGAACCGAAUGAUGGAGAUCAAGAUGGAAACACUGUUAAGGGAGAUUGCUAUAUAUUUAUUAUUUGUUCUCGUUCUUUUUUUCCUGUCAUACCAACAGAGGGAUUCAUUUUCAUACCAGAUGGCUGCAAAUCUUAGAAAUUAUUUCGAUAACGGAUUCACAUCGAUAACUACAACCGAAGGAUAUUGGAAAUGGAUGGAUAAAAAGCUUAUUCCAGCAAUGUAUGCCUCGCAUUACGCCAAUGGCACUGAAAUAAUACAGUGGUGGGAUAAGAGGUGUACAGCAGAUAUGGUUUCUCGUAGGGUUGGUAUUCCGCGACUUCGACAGCUUCGGAUAAAGCCUGAUACUUGUUCGGUAAAUCAGCGGUUAGAUAGUCUAAUUAACCACUGUAGAAACGAGUACGGAUGGACCGACGAUGACGCUAAAGAUUAUCUUCCUGGAUGGGUGAAGCCUCAUAUAAGUAACCUCUCGGCGGUAGAGGAGUCGAAAACUCCUUGGGUUUACAGAAGUUCUUUUGAAUUGGCCAAUGCUCCGUAUCUUGGAGAAAUAUCAACGUAUAAAGGUGGUGGAUAUGUAGCUAUGUUUGAGAGGAAUGUUGAAAGAACUAACGAACUUAUUGAGCAUUUACGGAAAGAGGUUUGGUUAGACGUCUAUACAAGAGGAGUAUUUCUGGAGUUCACUGUGUAUAAUCCCAAUCUUAAUCUAUUUGGUUCGAUGAUAAUGUUAGUAGAAUUCAUGCAAUCAGGUGGUGCUGUAACCAGAAUGGAGUUUAAGAUUUUUAGACUGUUGAGCUAUAUUGGAGGCAUGGGAGUUGUUGUUAUGCUAUUUGAAGUUUUGUACGCCUGUUUCACACUGUACUUCUUUGUCCACUUCGUAAAGAAACUAAAGAAGGAGAGAAAGAAAUAUUUCAAUUCGUUCUGGAACAAACUGGAAUUUGCUUUAAUGCUGUUUUGUGUUACUGUGAUAGCUAUGUAUGCUUUAAAACACAUUUUGACGUCUGUUGCAAUGAACGCUUUGAAAGACAGAGAGCGAGCUGACAACGUUAAUUUCCAGUCUCUCGCUGCGUAUGAUGAACUUUACAGUUAUAUGGUUGGAAUAGUCGUGUUUCUUGCUACCAUACAGUUUCUUAAGCUUCUACAGUUUAACAAGAAAAUGAAUAUGUUGGGAGAUACAGUAAAUUUAGCAUCAAAAGAUCUGAAAGUUUUUUCGUUUGCGUUCAUUAUGUACUUUUUAGCGUUCACCAUAUUUGGAUUUCUCCUUUUUGGUUCUACCUUAUAUGCAUUUGCCAGUUUUGUCAGUGCAGCAGAAUCAAUGUUUGCAUUCACGUUGGGUAGUUUUGAUUUCGCCGCAAUGGAAGCAUCACAAAAGAUUUUGGGCCCAAUAUUUUUCUUUUUGUUUAUUUUCAUAGUUUAUGUUGGGUUAAUGAGUAUUUUCCUAACGAUAAUUGCAGAUGCUUUCAACACCGUGAAGGAAAAUGUCGCCAAUCAAACGAACGAGUAUGAGAUUGUUGAUUUCAUGUGGAAGAAAAUUCAAGGUGUUAUAGGAUAAGACUGUUAAGGAUGUUCGCUUUUUUUGUUUUCGAAAUUUGUCACAUGUUCGGAAUCUUCUGCUUUCAUCCAUAUAUUGCCAUUAAAAUUUGCACGGUAAACCUUAUCUUUCUUUUCAUCAUUGUAUUACAUACAGUUAAACACGCCAUAAAUAUCUUAUAAAAUCCUUGCUAUUUUUUCACAUUUUUCAAGGAAAAAGUAUGCCAAUGUUAGAUGUAGGAAAAAUCUAGAUUUCCUACAAACUUUUAAACGGCUUCAAUCUGUAAAAGAGGAAGCGAACAUCCUGAAGCCAGAAAAUUGUUGACAAAGUUUGACGAUUCUUGUUUGUUAUUGUUUCAUGUUAUAUUACUAAGAGUUUCCAAGUUUUACUCAUAUCAUUUUGUUGUUUGUUUUCAAUAGCUUUUCACAAGGAAAGUGAAUUAAGAAUAUUAAUGAUUGGAAGAGAAAGAAUUCACAUAGAGCCAUUCACUGAUAUAUACAUUCACAAAUCGAUUUUUUUAUAAGUUUUGUGUUAGACCUUUUCUCAGGGAAUUUUUUUCCGUAUUUACUACAAGAACAAGAACGAAUAUAUUGAAAUAUUGGAAAUCUUCAUGUUAGUUCAUAUGUAAAGCUGAUUUCAAAUAUCUUGUCAACGGGUGAAUAUUAAGACAUACAGAAAAAAUGAUCUUCAAACAAGAUUUCUUCACAUGUUUAGUAUUUGACAUAAUGGUGACCAAACAGUAAAAUACCUUUAGAUAUAGUUUACAAUUCUCGGAGCCUUCUUUUAUACACUUACUCCAUUGUGCCGCACUUUUGUAUGACAACAAAUCUUAUUGAUUUGCCAAUAUGCACAUUAUUUAUUUCAAAGCAUUUUUCACAUAUAAACAUUACAAUGGUUUAGUGAAUUGGGAAAUAAUUCCACUUUGUGGCCAUACUAAUAAAUUAAGCAUUGUUAAUUUUAAAAUUAAGUCUUGUUAAUUCAAUUAUGACAAAAAGUUAUCAAAAAACAAUUAGCAGUUAUAUGCAUGCAACUUCAAAGAUCUCAUUGUUAUGUUUCUUCGAACUUAAGUUUGAAUAAAAUUGAUGCAAA